UGUUACUAUUUGCUCCUAAUGUGGAAAUCAGGAAUAAAGGAAAUAUUAAAAUUUACGAUAUAGAUAUAAACUCUACGAUUCACGAAUUCCAGAGUUUUAAUUAUUUUACAUGCAGGUGUCGAAUGCUGAUUUUUUUUUUCAAUUUUUAGUGUUGGCAACAACUCUAGGAACCUUUUCCACGUUUGAGGGCCGGAAAAACUUUGGGACUAGAUACUCAAAAUUAUAAAUUCGUGAAGUUAAGAAUGGACGGGAAACUACCGCCCUGUGUUAUCGAUGUCGGUACCGGUUACACCAAACUGGGUUUCGCUGGCAACAAAGAACCCCAAUUUAUUAUACCAUCGGCAAUUGCCAUUAAAGAAACUGCCAAGGUUGGUGAACAAACUACCAGGAGACUGGGAAAGGGAGUAGAAGACUUGGAUUUUUAUAUAGGAGAUGAAGCAUUCGAUGCGACGGGAUAUGCUGUUAAAUAUCCGGUUCGACAUGGUUUAGUUGAAGACUGGGACUUGAUGGAACGAUUUCUUGAGCAAUGUAUAUUCAAAUAUCUGCGAGCGGAGCCGGAAGAUCAUUAUUUCCUGCUGACCGAGCCUCCUUUGAACACUCCAGAAAACAGGGAAUACACAGCAGAAAUUAUGUUUGAGUCUUUUAACGUACCUGGCUUAUAUAUAGCUGUCCAAGCGGUUCUCGCACUGGCGGCCAGUUGGACGAGUAGGAGCAUUGAAGGCAGGACUUUGACGGGUAUUGUCAUUGACAGCGGAGAUGGAGUUACUCACGUGAUACCUGUGGCCGAGGGUUAUGUGAUCGGAAGCUGUAUCAAGCACAUCCCGAUCGCCGGACGCAACAUAACCUAUUUCAUUCAGUCGUUGCUCAGAGAGCGCGAAAUAGGGAUCCCUCCAGAGCAAUCUUUGGAAACCGCGAAGGCCAUCAAAGAGAAAUAUUGUUACAUAUGUCCGGAUAUAGCGAAAGAAUUCGCGAGAUACGAUUCCGAUCCCGCCAAGUGGAUGAAAAAGUACGACAGCGUGAAUUCGGUAACGAGGCAACCUUUCAGUGUGGACGUCGGCUACGAGAGGUUCUUGGGGCCCGAGAUCUUCUUCCAUCCUGAGUUUUCCAACCCGGAUUUUAAUAUACCGCUCAGUCAGAUCGUAGACGACGUGAUUCAGAACUGUCCAAUCGACGUCCGGCGACCUUUGUAUAAUAACAUCGUCCUUUCCGGAGGCUCGACGAUGUUUAAAGACUUCGGGAGAAGGCUGCAGCGGGAUAUCAAGAGAACUGUAGACGCCAGAUUAAAAUUGAGCGAAACCUUGGGCGGGGGACGACUCAAGCCUAAACCCAUCGACGUACAAGUAGUUUCCCACCAUAUGCAGAGGUAUGCCGUAUGGUUCGGCGGUAGCAUGUUGGCCUCGACGCCCGAGUUUUAUACGGUGUGCCACACGAAAGAGGCGUACGAAGAAUAUGGACCCAGCAUCUGUCGGCACAAUCCCGUGUUCGGAACAAUGACAUAAGUCCUGUUUCAGUCCUCAUGAUUUUUUUUUAUCUUUUUUUUUUUCACACAUUCAAUGAUAGUUUUA